GUGCGCGUCUGCAUGCUUGCAGAGGGCCUCAGGUCAGAUACCACGGUAUGGCAAUGGGAGGACAUCGCUUGUCCUCCAAUAUCCUCCGCGACGAUGAGUCCGCGUCGCUCUUCCAACAGUUUCCACUCUCUGCUGCCUCGUCUCCUUCACCCCUGCUUCACGGGAAGGCGAUGAGGAGGCCGACCACAAGGAGGCACGUCGUCAUCAGGUUCAUACGCUCGCCCUUCACCGCCAUCUUCCGUAUGACGUGCGCUCGUGCCAAUACAAGCGACGAACAACCAAGCAAUAACAAGGCCGGGGAGGUACGCGGGGAGGCGAGAAGACCAAGCCUCGAGGAGCUCCUCAGGAUGGAAGCGUCGUCCUCACGUCCGGAGCAUAAGAGCCCACAAGAUACGGCUCCGUACGAGGUCUCCUGCUGCUGGAAAGAGAACGCCAUCGUAGCGUUCGGCUUCACCGACAACGCUCAUAUGAGCUGCACGGGGGAGGAGGAGCAGGAGCCGUUGUUCCUAUCCAAAAAUAAUCACGUCGUCUCCAAAGAUGAGCAGCAGACCGCGAUCGUGCCGGUGGAGUUAGACGUCGGUCGACAAGUGGUGCCCGGUGGCAGUGCUGCCAUGCCGUCCCCGACGGUGAAAAUUCACGUGAAGAGGCUGGUGGUCGUUUUUGCAUCGCUAUGGGCAUUCUUGCGGGCUCUGUCGAUAGAUAUAGCGCCGUCGAAGGGCCCGUAUUCAGAGCUGGCAGGAAGCCGUGCCGCCGGUAAGGUGGAGCUGUUCUAUCAGCGACCAAUUCCGAUGGGGCGGAGGUGUCGGGUUCAGCACUUGGAGGAGUCUCCUUACAUGUGAUUUGUUGGAACUGGGAAGGGAGAUUAGAGUUUGGACCUUGGAGAUGUGAGGUAGAUGACCUACCAAAUUGGAUUAAUGUGCAUGGCUGCCGAACCGCUAAACAAACGAUUAUCAGUGUACAUCUUCAUAAACUGUAUUAUUUUCAUUUCCUUAAA